AUGAAUACGGAAGCGCUGUCCCCGCCGAGGAAGCGCGCGCGUCUCCGCGCCGAAGAAGAAGCGACGACGACGACGGACAUGGCCAUGACCAGGACACCGCGUCGUCCGUCUGUCUCGUCUCCACCGCCCGCAGACGCUGCGCCUGGUCGCGCGUUUUCUCCCCCACUGUCUCCAGACGCCGCGACGUUCUUUCCCGAAGCUUCUCGACCACGAAACGACGCCCAUGACGAAGUUGAAGCAGACGAAGCAGACGACGCGCAGCUGCGCUCGAGUUUGGCCAUGUCGUCGUUUCUGGUGUUGGCACGUAGCCGACUCGACGCCCUGACAGCGGCCGAGUCGCCGGUGGUGGACCGUGAGGCGGCUGCAGGGUCUACUGGAGCGCUGGAAGCCAUCAGCAGCAGUGGAGAGGCACUUGGCGACGAGCCCAUGCCGUUGGUCGCGGCGGGAGCGGCCGAAGAGUCGACAACCGACGAUGAAGAGCUCCAGCAGCUCUCGAUGGUCCGUCUGGAUCCUUCGUCGGGCAGCGUCAUGUUGGGCGUUACUUCGCGCGGGACUACAGUGGUUGAGCUCGCGUACGACGACGUGGUCUCGUUUCUGUUUACCAUGGCCAAAGAGCAGAAGACAGAGGAGCUGCACAAGGGCAUGCGCACGGUGAUGAAAGCCGACAACGCGCACGAACUGCUGCCCAAGUUAUUGCGGGCGGAAGACGAGACAGGCCUGACGCUCUUGAUGAUUGGCGUGCGUGGGAACGACCAAGUGUUUUGUAAUAUGCUACUGGAGGCAGGCGCCGACGUCAACUCGAAGACGAAGAAGCGCACGUACGCAUUGCUGCUUGCAGCGCAAAAGGGCUGGGAAGACAUGACGAUGUUCCUGCUGGAGCGUGGCGUGAACGAAGAAUCGAGAAACAUGGCACUUAUUCCAGCAGCUCAUUUCGGUCAUUUAUCGGUUGUCAAGAUGCUUUUGGAGACUGGAGGCGACCAGAACUAUGCCAAUAAGAAAGGCACGACUCCGCUGAUGCGGGCAGCACAGGAAGGACGCGAGGGAGUCGUUGGGUUUCUGAUCAUGAAAGGGGCCGACCCGUGUGCUGCGAACAACGAAGGCAUGACAGCGCUCAUGUUGGCUGCACAGCGAGGGCACGCCAAUAUCGCCACAAUGCUCAUGAAGUCGGGUUCAAACGUGAAUAAACAGACCCGGCAAGGCAGUACCGCGCUGUUGCUAGCUGCCAAGCGUGGCCACACUGCUGCCGUCGAAGCGCUGAUGACAGCUGGUGCUGACAUUUUCCUGAAAGACGACCGGGACAAGACAGCGGCCGAGACGGCACAGCGACGAGGACACGUGGACUUGUUUUUGAAGAUUUCGGUGCAGAACCAGCUCCGGUUGAUGCGAGAGGAUCUCCGACGGCAAAGGUGCCACACGCUCAUGCGCUUGUCGACGCUGUACGUGCAGUCGCGCGCCGAGCUGAUCCCGGCGUUCAAGAACCCGAAGCGGCAGCAGCACAAUACGUUGCUGGACCGUACGUUGCGCUUGCCAAAGCCGCUCUUGCAAGACAUUGCUCUAUUUUUGCCGCUCUGCCGCAUGUGGGACCGCCAGCUCCGUUACCUUCGAUACGAAACGGCGUCGCAGCCCAAUCGCGUGGUGCAGCAAGGCAUUCGCAUCUUGGACGAGGUGCUGCUGAGCGUGAGUUUGGAGAUGCGGCCGAGUUUGCACUGUAUCAAGCUCGAGUGUGGCGGACCGCUGCACGUGACUGGUCAGCUGGGGCUACUGCGCGACAGCAAAGAGUACCGCGGGUUGUUUACAGCCGAGUCACGCACUCCGCUGUGUCCGCGCAUGGUGCAUCAGUUGCGGCGCAUGGCCGAUAUCCAGGGCGCGUUGUCGACGUACGCUGCCGGCUCAGCGAUUCAGUUUGGCGUGGAAGUGGCGCAGGAUGUGGUGGCAUUGCUCACUGACCUGCUGAACUGGGACAGUGGUCGCGUGUACCAGCAAGCCGAGCUGCUGGAGUGA